AAAGAAAAAAAAGAAGAAAAAAUGGAGGUUUGGGUAUGGCUGGUCGGAGCUUUGGUCGGUGCAUACAUUUUUGUGUUUGUGAUUCUCAGAAACCUUAAUCAAUGGCGGUUUGUCACCCGACACGGCGGCCGUUACAAUCUCCCUCCCGGCGAUAUGGGCUGGCCGCUCGUCGGAACUCUUCUCCCCUUUCUUCAAGCUUUCCGAUCGGGUCGACCCGAUUCCUUCAUUCAUCACUUUGCCUCGAAGUAUGGGAAAAUAGGGAUGUACAAGACAUACUUAUUCGGGAGCCCAAGCGUGAUCGUAUGCGUGCCGGAAGUGUGCCGGCACGUGCUAAUGAACGACGAACAGUUCGCCUUCGGUUACUCAAAAGCCACCAGAAUUCUCACCGGAAGCAAGGCUCUCAACACCGUCUCCAGGCCUGAGCACCGCCGUAUACGCCGCCUCAUCGCCUCCCUAAUCAGCGGCAACGAUGCGCUGUCCAUCUACAUAGGUCACGUGGAGGGGAUUGUGAUCACGUGCCUAGAGGAGUGGGCCACCAUGAAGAAGCCGGUCGAGUUCUUGUCGGAGAUGAAAACGAUGGCGUUUAAGAUUCUGUUGCAUAUCUUCAUCGGAGCUAAUACGGCGGCGUUUAUAGAUAAGAUGGAGAAGCUCUACACUGAUUUCCACUUGGGGUUCAUGUCCUCCGCCGUCGAUAUUCCCGGAACUACCUUCAGCCGAGCUCUCAAGGCAAGAAACGAGUUGAUAAGGAUCUUCGAAAGUGUUCUAAAGGAGAAGAGGGAGAAUUUGAAGAACAAAGUGGAAGAAAACAGAAAAAAAGACAUGACUGAUUUGCUGUUAGAAGUUAAAGAUGAAGAAGGCCAUGGCUUGGAUGAUGGCUGCAUUAUUGAUCUAUUGAUUGGUUUCUUCUUUGCUGGCCAUGAAACCUCUGCUCAUAGUAUCAUGAGGGCUAUCAUGUUUCUCUCCGAAAAUCCCGAAACCCUUCGCAAAGCUAAGGCUGAGCAAGAGCAAAUUGUGAACGCAAGGCCAGCUAAUGAACGACACAGAGGCUUGACCAUGAAGGAAAUCAAACAAAUGGAGUAUCUUUCUAAGGUGAUCGAUGAGACAUUGAGGAAAACGAGUUUGGCCUUCACACUAUCGAGAGAGACGAGAAGUGACGUUAACUUAAAUGGCUACACCAUUCCGAAAGGAUGGAAAAUCCUUGUUUGGACGAGAGCGGUUCAUAUGGAUCCUGAAAUCUACGAGAACCCCGAAAAAUUCGACCCCUCUAGAUGGGAUAAUCCAAAACGAAGAGCUGGAUCAUUCAUUCCUUUUGGAGCAGGAAUGAGGCUAUGCCCUGGAAUUGAUCUUUCCAAGCUUGAAAUUGCCAUUUUUCUUCACUAUUUCAUCCAUGGUGGCUUCAGACUUGAGAGAGUAAAUCCAAAUUGCCCAGAGAAUUAUCUGCCGUUGCCAAGGCCUACAGACAACUGCCUUGCAAGAGUUGUAAGAGACUCAUAAACGUUGAAAUCAAAAGAGAUCAUAUAUACAUAUAUAUAACGUUUAUAUAAAUAAAUCAUCUCAAUUGCAUGCUAGAGAUGAAAGCCUUGUUAAUUCUGCUACAACUUACAGAAUUUUCAUGCAAAAGUUGCAUGAAAUCGAGCCCGACUUGAUCGAAUGGGACAAGUCUAAGGGGAAGAAUAGCUUAGAUCGAGCGAUUGGUGGAUCUAGAACUUUAUAUACCAAGGAAUAUAUGUUCAUAUUAGCUUAAACAAUAAGUGUAGUCAGUCUCUGAAAUUUUAGAUUGGUACAUUAUCGUACCUAAGCUUUUAAAAGUUUACGUGUUACAUCUUGUU